AUGUAUAAUGUCGAUGCAGAUGCCUUAGAAGAAAGGGCUCCACAGUUAAAAAACAAGAAGCCGAAAGGUCACUUCACCUCACCAGGGCCUAACUACGUACAUUCAUUGGAUGGCCAUGACAAAUUAAUGGGUUUCAGAAAUAGCACUUUCCCAAUCGCCGUUUAUGGCUGUAUAGACACUUGUAGUAGGAAAGUACUUUGGGCAAAGGUGUGGAUUGGUACUAGCGAUCCCAAACUUAUAGGCCGUUUCUACCUAGAACAUUUAUUCAAAACGAGAAUGAUUGCGAGUAGAAUAAGACUUGACAAAGGAACUGAGACUGGAGUGAUGGCCACAAUGCAUGCGUUUGUAAGACAGAAACAUGGAGAUAUGGAUCCACUGGAAACGGUGAUUUAUGGCCCUUCAACAUCCAAUCAGGUGAAAAAUAGGUAUUUUAUCGUUAUAAGCUUUUAAAAGUACUGACAGUUGCUCUCGCAUCAGGCGGUGUGCGCACUACGAUCGCUAAGCAUCAUGGGCGGUAUUCAAAAUCUGAUCAUUUGUGUCAAGAUGGCGUGGAGUGAACAUCUCGACUGCGGAGUGAAUAUUCCUUAAUUACGCUGUAGAUAUAUACGAUUUUGCUUUGAAUCUCUUCCGGAAGCUCUUGAAAAAGAAAGUCUGUUCAAUUCUCGGGAAAAAAACAGGGUCAAUCCGUUGAUAAGUGUAUUCUAGUGUAUUUUGUUCGUAAUCACUUGCAUCCUGUUUGCAACUGACCGAGAAAAGUCGGCACAGAAACGCUUUGUUCAAUGCUUCAAUCAUGAAAAGCAGUGGAGGUAAGACCCGCGGUUCGCCGAAAAUUUUGAAUUCACCGUGAAAUCAGUGCAACUAGUGCUAAGAGGUACUGAUAUGCAUAGCUGUGAUAUACUCAUAAAAUACUAGGAGCUUCUUCAGAAUACCCGGCCGCGGUAUUUAAACACAGUGAGCUUAUUUUGUUUUGUCUGUUCAGCAUUGCAAGAUGUUCACUUGCUAGCUGUAAUAAGAGAAUAGAAGUUGAGGGGGUCAUCUUUUCAAGGACUUGUUUCUCUGUUGGCAGGAAGUCCGCAUUUCGUUUUGCUUAACAUCUGUAUUUAUCAUUACAUGAAGACAAGUAAAUAAAGUAGAGAGCAUUUGUGUACAAUGAACUUGUGUCCUCUUUAUAAAUACAAUAUAUUAUGUAUAUUGAGCAUCUUUAUUUGCCCAUAUAUUUUCCAUUGGUAUGACUCAUAGAAUGUCUUACAACUGGAUUGAAACUGAAAAUGGCAUAUUUGUGAUUACAAAGCCUGAUGCAGUCAAUACACUGGAGUGGGGCUAAUUUAACUCCUUAAAGUGGAGUUAUUUUUCGUAGAGUUACUUUAACUCCAAAAAGGAGUUUAAAGAACUCUUUUUCAGGAGUAAAAGUGACCCCAGAUAUUGAGGAGUUAAAAUAACCCCCAAAAAGGAGUUAUCCUGUACCUAAAAUUUUUACUCCACUUUCAGAGUUACAUUAACUCCAAAAAGAGUAAAAACAACCCAUGUAAGGAGUACAAGUAACCCCAUUUCGGAGUAAUUUUAACUCAAGACUAGGAGUAAAAAGAACUCUUUUUCAGGAGUAAAAAUGACCCCAAAUUCGGAGUUAAAUUAGGAGUUAAAAUAACCUUAAAAAAGGGGUUAUCCUGUACCUAAAAUUUUUACUCCAUUUUUGGAGUUAUAAUAACUCCCUAAAAAUUACGGUGUAGAUUUUAAAAGCUUCAGCCACUAUUUGUUUAAUGAUUGUGUCAGUAUGUACAAACACAUGUUAUCACAUAUUUUUUGGAUUAUAAAAACUCUUCAAAAUGUGAAAUUCAUACAUGUUUACAAAUCUCCUGUAAUCAGGGCUGGGGCAACAUAGCUUGAGACCCCUUUCCUUUCUCCUCACCCCAAUUUUAUAAUUUAAUAUGGUGUCAUAGGUCUCAUCAUACUCACAGUCAACUCUGUUAUUCAGACACUGAGGGGACCGUAGAAAUUGUCCAUCUUAAUUUAGGGAAAAUUUAAGGCUUUUUUCCAGGGAACAAAGCAAGCUGUCUGUAAUGAUGAGCAAGGCUGUGCUCUAAGGAACAUUGAAAGGAGCCCCGUUCUCUGAACCUGUAAAAUCUAGGCUGCCCAGCAUAUGAUUUGUAUGAAAAGUCUGAGAUUUUCUAGUCACAAAAGCAAAAGUUAGGUGCCAGGGGCCACAGGGCUCUGCUAGAGCACAGUCUUGAUCAGGUGUCUGCAUGAAGCGGUUGUCCGUAAAGAGGGCUUUUGGGUUACCAGUUAUUGCAGAGGUGGAUCCUAGUAGAACAGUAAAACCCCCUGACUUAAUUAGAACCUGAAUUUUAAGAACCGGUUAGGCUAAAAUAUGCCAGAUGAGCCCCCUCUAUAUAAAAACCUGUUUCGCCUAGAAUUUGAAACAGGUUCUUAUUUUUGAAAUCUUUGAAAAAAUUCUGUACACUUAAGCAGAGAUAAAUCAACAUUUAGAAUCUUCUUUGGAUACAAAGCUGUCUUAUCACUCGAACCGAAAUGUAAAUGCCAAUGUUUAAAUUUAAAUACAUUCCUCUUUUUAUGUCCAUUCUCACAUAACUUCUAAUUUGGUAUGCAGACUUUAUAUGAGGAAUAAGGUGAAACACAAAUACUCUUAGCUACAUUUUUUCUUCAGAAAAUAUGAAUCCAUUUAAAAGCCUAAAUAGCCUAAACUUGUGCGAACUACUAUUUAUAUAAGAAUCUGUUUAGGCUUACUUAGUUAAUUCAGGUUCUUAGUCUCACAACUUUACUGCCCUAUUGUUCCACUUUUUCUAUUUCCUUUCCCUGUCACCAUCUUUUCAGCCUUGGUUUUCCAAUAUCAAAAGUACAUUCAAUGAUCAAGCAAUUUAUAUUUUAACUAAAGCCAACAAAAUAUGCAAAUAAUAUUAUUGCUUGAUAUAUAUUAAACAGUGUAAACAGGUAAACAGAUUGAAUGACAUCACUUAGCCUGUGUGGCAGGCAUUUCAAAGAAAAGGGAAAGUGGGUCUUGGUGCAAGAGAAAUGUGACGGAAGGAGGGAGGGAAAUGCCUGCCAUACAGGAGACGAAUUGUUUUUUGCAUUAUAAACAUCAACCAGGUGAAUGUUGAAAUCACUCCCUCCUUCCUCUUGCAGUGUUCGCAUUUCCCUUGUGCCCAAAACCCCUUUCCCUUUCCUUUUAAAGGCCUGCUACAGAGGCUAAUCACCACUGAAUAAAAAAGGAACUAGGCAAGAAACUGACAAAGUCAUAACAUCCACACAACAACACACAACAAGCUUGGAAGUAGAUUAUGAUUUUCUUUUCUCAAGAGUGAUGCGCAUAUUUCUCUGAAUAAAAGUAAAGUGCAAGCUUGGUGGAUGUUAUGAAACUCUUCUUCUACACUGCACUAUUCUUGCAAUUCUCCCAAAAACCAUUUUUCAUAAAGGAUGGCUGGUUUCAAAAUGCACAGGGCUUAACUGUAUAAUCAAACCUAUCAUUUAAUUUAAUACCUGUAAUUCUUAUCCUACUGAUUUUAAACCUACAUAAAGGGAAUCAAAUGUAUGACUACAAUUUUAUUAUGCUUUUUUUUUUUUUUUACAAAAACAGACAUUCCUACAUCAGAGUGCUCAUCAGCCUAUUUAUAUACCAAUUUCGAACAUUUCAUGCUCACCUAAUGCUAUUGUUUGAAGGAACCAGUCGCCGCUGCCCCGCUAUUUUGUGAUCAGCUUGUGAUUACAACAGCUGAGUAACACUUCCAGUAACAUGUCACAUUGGUCUUCGCGAGGCUACAUUUUCCCAUGAAAACAUGCCGGUUUCAAUUCGGAAAAAGUAUCACAAAACGUGGGGCACGUUGGGGAGCGAUAAAAAAUUAGCGUAGAACAAGGUUUGUAGAAACACUUACAACUAUCUUCUACUUUCGACGGGCAAUAUAAUGGAAAUUAUAGCUUCUUAAAAACCGGAUUCAAAUUUCAUGCUCUUACAGGAGGAAACUUCGGGCUCCACGUUUUAGAUUGAAAUGAAGAGUAUUGAUUUGUUUUUCUUCACAGAAAAAAUCUAAACAAAUAUUAGCUUAUGAAAUCGAGUAAAACGAUCUAAGGAAAGAACUGUAUCUACUGAAAAAUAAAGCAUAUAACCUGCGAAAUUUCUCGACCUUUGCCGCCAUCUUGAAAAUUUUGAAUCCACAAUGCAUCGCAAUCGUAGUGCGCACACCGCCUGCUCUCGCAUAAAUUUUGAAAUAAAAAUGAUCCGUUUGAAAGUACACAUGAUCUGAUUGGUCAGAAUAUUUGUCACGUCUGUUAAAUAUAAUAAGACCAAUCACAGGCCAAAGAAGACAUUGUUGAUCAUUGACAAGAAUGUAUUAGUUUUCUUGCCUGCCACUCGCUGACAGCACCAGUGGGUAUCAAAAUGGGAAUAGUCAUGUUGUUCUCUUUGACCAAAUUGCAACUUUCUGAGAAGACUUAAUAGAAAAGGAAGUGUAGUUUUCUUUUAGAGGUUAUAUUUUCUAAAGCAUGUCCUUCCACUUUUACACUUUAGAGUGAUUUAUUACAGUUCACCCGUAGUUGCUCUGUUUCUUUAUCAGAUUGAGAGGUGGCGGAGGGAGCUCCAUGAAAGGCUUGAAAAAUUUUUUAAGUUUCCCUUAAAGGAACUUCAAGAUCAGGGCCCCUAUGACACAAACAGUGAAACUGAUAGGUACUACCUAUAUCUUAAUAGUUUUGAGUCACAUACAAUUAGUAGUGUGUACGAAAAUGCGCUGCCAAAAUCAAAUAAACAUGCCCAUGCUUAAUUACCUGUGUUCAGUACUUCUUGGAUGGGAGAGUAGUAAUUUAUAAGGAACUGAUGAGAUCAAAAUUGAUGAAAAAUCAAUUUGUUUUGUUAAUAAAGUGCGUUUAAGUCAACAUUGAAAUAGAGUGUUUACACAAGAGUUUUAAAGAUCUGCUUUUGAAUAUGUUGGAAAAGCAGUGCAUUUACAAGAGUUACCUAGGCAGAACAUUUCUAUUUGACAGGCUUCUUUUGGCAUACGUAAUGAUACCAAUCAUGCACAGAGAAGUCAACACCUUUGUAGAUGUGGUAUGGAACUGUCACAGAAUCCGUGAGCAAAGAGACACUUUCCUACCUGAUGGAGUGCCCAAUCACAUCUACAGUUUUCCAGAUAAAUAUGGACUGGAGGACUGUGGUAGGUAUCUGUGUAAUUUUUUUACCAGGGUUCUACUUUUGAUCAGUGUCAGGAUUCCAUGUAAAAACUGGCACAAGAGCAGUAGGGAUCCAAGAGUCAAAUAUAGGCAAAGUCAUGAAAAGGUAUGACAACUUACAAACGGACUGAAUCAAAGUGAAUCUCAAACAUCAUUGGAUAACUCAAGUCACGUGCAAUGAUUGUGUGACAGUAGUCAAGCCCGAUGAAAGUGAUUGUGAAUUUGAAAAGUGGAACUGCAAAAUAGCUUCUUAUUUCAGAUUUAUGGGGUUUCUGCAGUACAUGACAAGCUUCUAAAAAAUCCUGCUUUAACAACCACUAUUGUAUUAAUUGGGAAUGCUUUAUAUUUUUAACCUGCCUAUUAUUGUUUUAUUCACUUUUUUGAAAUAUUCCCAAACUACUAUUUUGUGGCUUUUAUAAAAAAAAUUUGACUCACCUUCAUUAAGCACUAGUACCUAUUAUGAAGGAUAUGAAGUCACAGAGGAACAGCUAGAAGAAGUUGCGGGGCUUUCAGAAGUUCUCGCCAGCAAUGAUGAUUACUUGAGUGCUGAGUUCAGGAAUAAAUGUGAACAAGUAAUCCCUGAUCCAUUAGAGAUUGAUGUCAGUGAUUUUGCACAUGCUUUUCGGUAUCUCAAAGAAAAUGUAGAUAUACAUACAUAA